AAUUGCAGCAGGGCUGGAUGGAAGAGCCCAGCUGACACAACCCACUGAACCCAGGACAGCUUGGGGUUUACUCCUUUACUUGGAAAGCCUGAACUCAUUUAUGAAAAUUUUGAAGCAUGGCCUGAAAAGACUCAGGCAUUAUUAUCAAGUCCAUUAUCAAAUAGGCAAGAUCUGGAGACGAACUACACACAAAGAACAUGUCAUUUAUUACUCUAUUUUGAUCCUCCAAGAAGACAGUGAAAAAGCCACACUAAAACAAUGACGACUACUUCAGUUGGCAGCUGGCCUUCCUCCUCUCAAAGAAUGCACUUUAUAACUAAUCACAGUGAUCAAGCCCCAGAAGUGUCAAAUGUCACCAGCUGUGCAAUGGAUGAAAAACUACUAUCCACUGUGUUAACAUCAUUCUACUCUGUUAUUUUCAUCAUGGGUCUGGUUGGGAACAUCAUUGCCCUCUAUGUAUUUCUGGGUAUCCACCGCAAAAGAAAUUCCAUUCAAGUUUAUCUACUUAAUGUGGCCAUCGCAGAUCUUCUACUCAUCUUCUGCCUCCCCUUUCGAAUAAUGUAUCACAUCAAUGAAAACAAGUGGACCCUUGGUGUGAUUCUUUGCAAGGUUGUAGGAACCCUGUUUUAUAUGAAUAUGUACAUUAGUAUUGUUUUGCUUGGAUUCAUCAGUUUGGAUCGCUAUAUAAAAAUUAAUCGGUCUAUACAACAACGGAGGGCAAUAACCACCAAACAAAGUGUUUAUGUUUGUUGUAUAGUAUGGAUAGUUGCUCUUGCUGGAUUUUUAACUAUGAUUAUUUUAACACUUAAGAAAGAAGGGCACAAUUCCACAAUGUGUUUCCAUUACAGAGAUAAGCAUAAUGCAAAAGGAGAAGCAAUUUUUAAUGUUGUUCUUGUGGUAAUGUUCUGGCUUAUUUUCCUACUAAUAAUCCUCUCCUAUAUUAAGAUUGGCAAGAAUCUACUGAGGAUCUCUAAAAAAAGGUCAAAAUUUCCCAAUUCUAGUAAAUAUGCUACUACUGCCCGAAAUUCCUUUAUCGUACUGAUCAUUUUUACUAUAUGUUUUGUCCCCUAUCAUGCCUUUCGAUUCAUCUACAUUUCUUCACAGUUAAAUGCACCAUCAUGUUACUGGAAGGAAAUAGUUCAUAAAACCAAUGAGAUCAUGCUGGUUCUCUCAUCUUUCAAUAGCUGCUUAGAUCCAGUCAUGUAUUUCCUGAUGUCCAGUAACAUUCGCAAAAUCAUGUGUCAACUUCUUUUUAGGCGAUUUCAAGGCGAAUCAAGCAGAAGUGAAAGCACUUCAGAAUUUAAACCAGGAUAUUCCCUGCAUGACACAACUUUGGCUGCUAAAAUGCAGUAUAGCUCUAAGAGUAAUUGAAGUAAACAUGCUAAAAAGAAUGACUCAGCCCAACCACUUCAUUCCUUGAAGUUACCAACAAAGCCAUAGCAUUUACAAAUUUCAAUCUCCUCAAAGCUCUGUGUGUAUCUAUUAUUUCACUUGUUUAACUGUAAAAUAUUUCAAGGUAAAUAAAAGUUUAUAUUCAUCACUGGAUUUAAAAUCUGUAUGUGAAAAUCUCAAAAUACAUUGUGAAGCUAAUACUAAACCAGGAUUAUAAGGGUAAGUUCAUGGUUUUAACAAUUAUUUUUAUUAAACGAAUUAAUUAUUAUUAAAUGAGGUGUCAUUGUUUUCAGGUCACUAAAGAGUUACUAAAAUUAGGCACUUAAUACUAACUUUAAAAUAUGUUUAAAAGUAAAGGAAUUUUGUAUUAUUAUAUACUAUCUCUAUAUAUAGAAGUUGUCAAUAAAAAGUUAAAAAUAAAAAAGUAAAGGAAAUUGUGGACUGACUUGAAAUGUCAGAAAGUAAAUGUUUGUCACUUUAAAAUCUUGUAUAAUUUUUCAUUGUAUUUAUUUUAUGCCUAAAUCGCUAUUAACAUAUAAAAUCAUAAUUCUAAUAAAAAUGA